AUGCCGGUGUCUCUGGCGGACUCGAAGGGCAUGCCAAUGACUGCUGGUGGCAUUCCUUUCAUGUGCUACAAGGUGCAGCGCAUCGCCCGACUAGCGCAGCCCGCCCCCGAGGGUGGACAGCCUCUCCUUCUGAGCCUCCCACCUGGGCCUCCUGCCGGUGGCCUGAGCCUCAACGAUGCUCCUGUGGACGGAGCAGCCACGCCCGGCAGUGCGGCCUACUACGGAGUCUGGCCCAGCAGCUGCCCUGCGGCGCUGCUGGCCUCGGACCUUUGCCGGCCGGAGCUCUUCGCGACGAGGAGGUAA